CACCCCACCCCCUCUGCUGUCCCUAUCUCCCUUUGUUUUUCUGGUCCUCCAGAAUUCUCUUGCUAGAUAUGAUAUGAUAUACUCAUUUCUUUCCAAAUACAAAUCCAGCCAUUGGAGUAAAAAUAAUAUACACACAUAUACAAAACCCUCUGUUUCUUCUUCAUCCAUUAAAUGGCUGAUGCAGCUGCUGAAAAACAAAUAUGUGAAGAAAAUGAGGAUGAAGAGGUUAGCAGUAAUGAAGUAGUUAGUAGAGAAGAGAUUCAAGCUGCCAUUGCUAAAGCUGUAGAGCUCAGAGCUAUUCAUGCUGCUUUAUUACAGGGUAUUAAUAGCCCUGCAUCUAAUCUCAUAAAGUUUCCUUCUUCUUCUUCUCCUGCUUCUGAUUUUCCUCAUCAAUUCUCUGCCCAAGAUUAUCCCAUUUUCACUCCAAGUUAUGAAGAUGUUCCAUUAUCUGAACCAAAACAGCUACAGUUGGACAAUCGAGCCUACGCUGAACCUUGGGAUGAUUAUGGCCUUGGAGGGGUGGGAAAUGGCGAUGAAGCCAGUUUGUCGAAUUACAGAAAGGCGAAUUCCUCUUUGAGGAAUGGAAUUUCACCCAACUCGAUCAAUUCAGAACUCCAUACCUGUCCACCUGAUGAUCAGAGAUCGGUCACCGGCUCAUGUACUGAUCAAAUCACUGUGCUUAGAAUAGCCUCUCCUGGUGGUGAUUACUCUAAGUCCAGGAGAAAUUCUUUAGGAGUGAGAUCACUUUCCUCUUGCAAUAGGUGUAAACCUGCUACUAUAACAAGUACUGAGACAGAUGGAGCUAGCAAGAGUGGGAAGAGCUCGAACGUAAUCGUGCCAUUGACAGAUUCACACUCUUUAAAUCAAUUGCAGCCAAAGAGCAAAGGGCUGAACUUGUCAUGGUUGUUCCCUAAGCUAAAGAAGAAAAACAAGAAUGAAAAUUCACCACACAGGACAAAAUCCGACGUCUCUCAGAUUGUUAAGGAUAUUGGAUUGGUUUCUAUUGAAAUUUUGAAGAAAGAGCUCGUGCAAGCAAACGACAGCAGAGAUGCAGCAUUGAUGGAAGUCGCGGAAAUGAGGUCUUCUUUAGGAGAGCUAAAGGAAAAAUUGGAGUACUUAGAAACUUACUGUGAGGAGCUCAAGAAAGCCUUGAGACAAGCAAAACAAUCAAAGGAUUCUCAAGUAUCCAAAAUGCUUAUAGAUCUUCCGAGAAGAGGAAAAUCUAUGGAUGGGGACGGAGAAAACACGAUUCCUGUUAGUGAAGAGGUAAUGGUUGAAGGAUUUUUGCAGAUGGUAUCAGAAUCAAGACUAUCAGUAAAGCAAUUCUGCAAGAUUCUUAUUACACAGGUUGAAGAGACAGACAAUUCUUUAACCGAUAACUUAAACCAUUUACUUCAACCUUACAAGAUUUCUCUAAACUCAAAGCACUCAAAGGCAGUCCUAUACCAUAUUGAAGCCAUCAUAAACCAGUCCCUAUUCCAAGAUUUUGAGAACGUUGUGUUCCAAAAGAAUGGCGCGCCAAAACACUUGGACCCUCAACAAGAUUGCCACGAUCACUUCUCGUCCUUUGUCUCGUUGAGGAACCUAAGCUGGAAUGAAGUGUUAAGAAAGGGGACCAAAUACUACAGUGAUGAUUUCAGCAAAUUCUGUGAUAAAAAAAUGAGUUGCAUUAUCACAAGUCUCAACUGGAAUAGGCCAUGGCCAGAGCAACUACUUCAGGCAUUCUUUGUUGCUGCUAAAUGCAUUUGGUUGCUGCAUUUGCUCGCGUUUUCGUUCGAUCCUCCACUUGGGAUUCUGAGGGUUGAAGAGAAUACAAGUUUUGAUAAGUGUUAUAUGGAGGACAUUUUUGGAGAUAGGCAAAAGUCACAAGGUUCAAACAAGGUUAAGAUCAUGGUAAUGCCUGGUUUCUAUGUGCAAGAUAGAGUACUUAGGUGUAAAGUGAUUUGCAAGUAUAAAUCUACAGCCUAAUUAGGAUCUCUUUCUGAAUUCUUUUUUCUUUGAAAUGUUUCUCUUUAGCAGAUAAUCUAACUUGUAAUAUUGAUCCUAUGCUAAUCAUUUGCUUAUAUGCAUUC